AUGAUUCCCAAUAAAAUACGUGAAAGUCGAAGAGUGAAAGCAUUGAAGUUACCAAAAAAUCUAGAACGCUUAUAUAAAAAAGGAAAAUGUCGCGAGUGUGCAGUGGUAGUGACCAGAAUGGACUUUGCCAAGAUCUUAGGUAAAUUUACUAAAGUAAAGAUUCAAUAUGAGAGCAGCAAAACCCCAAAAACGAAACAAAAUUCAGAAGUCACUUCGCCUAAUACAAAUGCCAGAUUAAAAAGCAAUGAAAAUGGAAUGAUACUUAUUCACAGAAAUGCAAAAAGUCAACAACCUGUAAAGGAGGUAACAGCUUCUAAAAAGACAAAAACUGAGUCUCCUCGUGUUACCCAUAACAUUUUAAAGGAAAAUAAUAGAUUAAAAAAGGUAACUGCCUCAACCACAUUAAUGAAAGACAAAAAUUCUUAUUAUGAUGACAAGAAAAAGAUGACUGCCUCAACUCAGAAACAAUAUGUUGUUGUAUUUGAGGAUCCUGUUCCCCAUAGCAAUAAUAACAAAGAUGUGAAUAGCAAAGUUUCAUUAUCUGACUUAUUGUCUCAAAUAAAUGAUAGCAUACUUCCUUCAAAAGAUUGGUGUAUAGAUUUCUUUCCUAAAAAAGGUGAACCAAAGGAUGAUAAAGUGUAUGAUAGGAUUGCAGCAGAAUUGGAAGAUUUGAUGUACAGUGAAAAACCUACUAAACCUAUUGAAAAAAUGGACACUGCUGAAACCAAAGUGGAUGAUUUUCCUUCCAUAAUGGAUAUUCUUAAUGAUAAUAGUAGUGAUAGUAAAACAAAUGACCAAAGUAGUUCCCUAGACUUUAAAUCUAAUUUAGAAUCUAGUGAUGUUGAAGCGAUGCUCCUUGGUAAGACAAAUUCUUCUAUAAGUACACCCCUGCCUCCCACACCUAUGGAUGUAGAAAAUGCAGAUAUGGGCAAUUUAAUGGAAGAUGUUAAUCAUUUAGCUGUAAUUCCAGACAAUAUUGUAAUGCCCGAGACGCCCACUAAAUUACCUGCUUCUGAUAUAAUUGAAGAAGUUGAGAAUCCUCAAAGUCCCUCUAUACUUGAUGAAACAUUGCAAAAAGGUAUUGAGGAACAUUUGCCAUGCAACACUGACAAGAAAAAUGACGCAUCUCAAGAUAACAAUCUUAAAACAGAUGAAACAAUGAACAAUACAGAUAAGAAAGAAGACACUGAAAUGAAGCCAGUUGAGGCAAAUCUUCAACAGGAAAUUACUGAGUUUAAAGAUGUCAAACCAAAGGAAACAAUAUCUUUGGCAACCAUUGAAGGUAUUACACAUCUUGUAUUCAAAAAGACUAAAGAUGGUGCCUGUUUUAAAAGUGUAACAUGUCCAAAAGAUUUAAAAUAUGACAUUGAAAUUGAUGGCAAAUCUGUUGAAUUUAUUGGUGCACCGAAGGUUAUAUCUAAUCCUGGUGAUUUACAGGUUCUAUUGGAAAUUGUUAAUGAAAGUGAACUAAGUAAUUUGCAUGUGUUACAUUAA